AUGGCAGAAAAGAGUACCUUGGCUGCAUCGUCGGCGCUACACCUAAGUUUUCCGCCAGCCGCGUCUGGCGUUUUUCACUCUCGUUCUAUUACAGCCGUCAAGGUCCAUCCUGUCGCGCUUUUCUCGAUUUUGGACCACUACCUACGUCGUGAUGUAUCUCAGCCGCGUGUCAUUGGAACACUCUUGGGUACGCGAAGCGAAUCUGAAGUGGAAGUCCGUAAUGCAUUUGCCGUACCGCACGGCGAAAGUCAAGAUCCAUGGCAAAUUCAUCUCGAUGCCGAACACCAUCGGCGUAUGCUAGACUUGCACCUCCGAGUACGCCCGGAUGAAGUCGUGCUGGGCUGGUACUCAACUAAUACAGAGCUCAACUCUAACAGUGCCCUCAUUCAGGACCACUAUUCACGUGAAACGGCGCCGCAUCAAGCGAUUCAUCUCACGCUCAAUACCAAUGUGGCAGACGAAGCUAAUGGCCUUGGUGUACAAUGCUACGUGAGCGCAUUGUUAGGUGCCAUGGCGAAGCCUGAGGACUGCGCUUUCUUGUCCCUUCCGACACAUUUGCUCAUGUCCACUCCUGAGCAGACUGCUUUGCGGCAUCUCGCGGCACCAAAGCCCCAGAAUAUCACCGAUCUUGACGCCCUGAAGGCUUCACUCGAAGACGUGCAGGCCAAACUUGAUCGCGUGCUUACAUAUGUGCGCCGUGUCUUGGCUGGCGAAGUCGAGGGCGAUAAAGCUGUUGGUCGCUACUUGAGUGAUACAAUUGGUGUCGUGCCGGCCGGUCUUGACGAAUCUCUUCUCGAGUCACUUUUCCAGUCUCAUUUGCAAGACGUCUUCAUGGUAUCGUAUCUUUCGAAGCUCGUUAGUGCACAAGCAGAAAUGUCGACGCGCCUCGUUCUUCUUACAUAG